AUGAACUUACUACUACAGGAUCCCUUUGCAGUGUUGAAAGAGUACCCCGAGAAACUUACAAGGACAUUAGAGAACCCAUUGCGUACAGAAUGCCUUCAGUUUAGUCCAUGUGGAAACUAUUUAGCUCUCGGUUGCUCCACAGGUGAUGUGGUGAUAUAUGAUAUGGAUACCUUUAGACCUUCAUGUAUCCUUGGGAGUAAGUUUGGUGCACAUACCAGAAUAAUACAGUCGAUAUCUUGGUCACCCGAUGGUAGAUAUCUUCUUACAGGAUCAGGAGAUUGGAUUGUCAAAGUAUGGGAUCUGCAAAGUCCGGAACAGCCUCUUAAUGAAUUGGCAUUUGACUCUCCUAUCUGGAAUUGUCAAUGGUUCAAUGUGGAAUCCCUAUUAUGCAUUGUCACGACUUUCGAAGAGAACUGUGCGUACUUAGUAGAUUUCAAAGGUCAGAAGAGUGUGAGCCGUGCCAUUGACACAUUAGAUACCAAUGAAGUUGACAGAGGUUACGUGUUAACAUGUAAUGUUUGUACUAAGAAUCCCAAUAUUAUCAUCACAGGUACUUCUAAGGGAUGGGUUGAUUUCAUUCAGAUUAUAACAACUUCACCAUCAGCCUAUGAGUUCAACUUAUUACAUGCUGUCAAGAUUGCCAAUUCCAAUAUAAAAGAUGUUAUCAUUUCACAGAACGGUGAUAGAAUCGCUGUAAAUUCAUCAGAUAGAACUAUUCGACAAUAUUCCUUGAAUAUAAGUGAUAAUUUAAGCUUUAUAGAGCUUGAGUUGGAACACAGAUAUCAAGAUGUUAUUAACAGACUUCAGUGGAACUGUGUCUUUUUUAGCAACAAAUCUGCAGAAUAUUUGGUAGCAUCUCCGCAUGGAUCUUCAACGCAUGAAUUAUAUCUUUGGGAGACCGGUUCUGGGACAUUGGUUCGAGUACUUGAAGGUGCAGAAGAGGAACUAAUGAAUAUCAAUUGGAAUUUCUACAACAUGUGUAUUGCUAGUAAUGGAUUUGAAUCCGGAGAUGUUUAUAUAUGGUCGAUCGUAGUGCCACCAAAAUGGAGUGCACUGGCACCCGAUUUUGAAGAGAUCGAGGAAAACAUUGAAUACCAAGAGAAGGAAGAUGAGUUUGAUUUGGAGGAUGAGCUUGAGCAACAGCAAGAGAUGACGCAGGUGGAGGAAGUCCCCAUCGACCUCCGAACAAUGGAGCAUUAUGAUGUAAGAGGAAACGAUCUCCGUAGAGAGAAGUUUAUAAUACCGACAGACUACGAACGGAUUCUCAUGAUGCAGAGUAAAAGGGCCGCAAGUAAGAUUGGACCCUCUAGUUAA